GGGGCUUCCUGACGGUAAUGAUGCAUCACAGCCGCUUCUGGAUGCGCCGGCUGGUCGAGGUGAUCCCGUGCGGUCAGCCCCUGGCACAACAGAUGAUCAAUGUAUUAUGUCAAACAAACAAGUUUGAUUGCCCAGAUAUCGCCUUCUAUCCCGAGAAGGAAGCACUCAAUACACUAUCGCUUUGUCUAAGGCGGCACGGCUGAUUGGGCGCGCUGGACAGGGAAUGGCCUUGUUUCUGCGCGGGUCAAGCAUCCGCAGAGACGUUUUUUGAAGGCGUUUCUACUGUAUUGACUGACCUGAAAGCACAAGGGUAUCUGGUUCUUAGUGAUCACUAUCGGAUCCUCACCAUUUGCUAGGUUGACAAACAACGCCAACAAGGGCGUCGAACGAUCCAGGGCAAAUACGCAG